UACUGAAGGGGAACCUUUGCAAGAGAGCACUUCUCAUUUGGAAGAAAAUGGCUUCUUCCAACCAGUUGUAUUGGACAUAUUGGUUGACCAGUACCUUCCAUUAGCUUGCCUUUGGAGUGGACUGAUGCUAAAUGUAGAUGGACAGAGUACCACUAAGUCAUCAGGGGAGACCAGUGCAAUUACCAGAGACUCUAAUGCAAUCGUUGAAAGUUGGUUCAACAUUGUAAAAUCAAACCUACUUUGUAAAAAAGGUGGUGUAAGAGUUGGCCAGUUUGUGAAACUGGUUUUCACUGAUGUCCAAGGCAGAUUAAGAGAAUAUGCAGGGGACUCAGAAUUGGAAAGGUUGAAGACAACUAUUGAAGGGGUUGCAGAUGCUAGAGAAAGUUGGUCUAAAAAAAGAAAGCCAGUCAAAAAAGGACCACACUACUAUGCUGCAAAUGCAACAGCUGUUCCCAAACAACCUAAAGAAAGCAAAAGUGGUGCUCAAAUUAAAACAUCGACUCCAACAGAAGCUGAAUGUCCAGAUAAAAUCGAAGCAACGAAUUUAAAACUUGGUACCGAAGAAAUUCCAGAAAAAGUUAUCGAGAAAAACAUUGGUGAAUGCUUUACACCGUUAAUGACCUCUACACCAAAGAAAAAAGCAAAGAAGAAACAAUAUGAGUCAUCUGAAGGUAAUGGCACCCAAGAAAUUGCAACUUCUAAGAAGAAAUCAAGGAAAAAACUUAAUGAUAUAUCUGAAGAUAAUGGCACCCAAGACAUUUCAACUUCUAAGACCAAACCAAGAAGCAGUGAAGCAAACAAGAACGAAUGUCUUCCAGUUGAUAAGAAAAGAAGACGUUCCCAGAAACCUGGAACACGCUUGGGAAUGUGUGUUCUACCUCCCGGAUUAAAAAACACACUGAACACAUGCUGGCUUAUUUCCACGGUGCAGGCAUUUGCUUCAUUAGAAGGAUUUAACCUCAAAUCAUCUGACCCACUGUGUAGAGAGUUGCAACUUGUCAUGGAGCGAAUUAGAGAUAAAGAUGGAAACACUGAAUUGAAGGAUGUGAAGAAAGUGUUGCUGAUGAAUUCAAAACAAGAUUUUCCCCUUGGUCGGCAGCACGAUGCUGCAGAUUUUGUCACAUGGCUACUGAGUUUAGAACCUCACCCAAGUCCAUUUCAUGUAGAAAUGUCACAUAUUCGAGAAUGCAUGGAAUGCAAAGAGAUCCAUAGGAUGAAUGAGGAAACCAACAUGUUGCUGUUCGAAAUGCCUCAAAGAAGUUUGUUGACAGUUUCAUUAUGCAUUCAAGAAUUUUGCAAAACACAAAUUCUGGGGAGAGAUGACUUAGUGCUUUGCACUUCUUGCAACAAUCGUACAUGGUCAAUCAUGAGUUAUGAGUUUGAGGCAGUUAACUCUCCAUUCAUCAUGGUUCAGAUGAAAAGAUUCCAGAGGCUUGGAGAUAGACAUUCUAAAGUUCUUAGUUGCGUGCACUUAGAAAGGGUUUUGCGGAUUGGACCAGAGAGACCCAGCUAUUACAGACUUGCUGCAAUUCAGUGUCAUAUUGGUGAUAGCUUGCGAAUGGGCCAUUAUGUCACAGUCCUUAUACUCCCAAGUGGUGAUGUAUUGUUGUGUGAUGACUUCAGUGUGAAAAAAAGCCAGACAAUUUCAUAGAACAAAAAAUGGUUCAGGAAUCCUGCUACUUAAUAUACUACGAACAGUUGACAGUCCACAACUGCUACUUAGACUUGGAUGUAAAAGAAGAUGAUGCUGAAGACACAUUUUUGGGAAGCAUAAGACGAUUAGAUGGCAAUACUUUUGUGGCAGCACAUUUCAACAUGAUGGUCAAUGCCUCAGACAUCAAGACACUUUUCGACACUAACUGGUUAAAUGACAAAGUUGUUUACAUCUACUUCCGAAUUAUUCAUGCUUCUUGCUCAUGGAUCUCCGUUGUUGACCCGAUGUUUAUCACUGCCCUAAACGAGGGGAGAUCAUCAGCUGCCAAAAAGUUCCUGACACCACAGCACCUCCAAGCUAACCAAGUUCUAAUACCUUGUGUUUUAGAAGGCCACUGGACAUUGAUCGUGCUUGACGUUGCCGGCAAGACUAUGACGUUAGUUGACUCCGGAAAUGCUAGAGAUAAUGGCUUGACCUUGGUGAGAACAAGGUUCAUGCCAUCCGGAAGGCGAUGACAUUUGAGAUACUUACUGGAGCAUUGAUGCCCAGAGAAUAAUGCAAACAGUUUUGUAGAUCACGCACUAUUUUGGCCAUAGAUCAAGUGAUGACAUAUAUUUGUUCAAACUGAUUGAGACAUUUUGAUGCAUGCUAAAAAAGCAUCAAUAUUAUUUGUGGAUCAAUGCAGAGACCUGUUAUUAUACGUUAUGCAUUCAUGGUUGCCUCAAAGGGUCUCCCUGUUGUGUUAAGUUUGUAAAUAUUUGUUUCUUGCCAAAACUCUGUUUAAUUGGCCACUGAAUUAAAAAUAAAUCUUGUUUGUAUAUCUAUGCUUUUUAAAGCUAGUAAAAAGGGCGAUAUAAUUA